CGGAGGUGAGGUGGACCGCUGAGCGGGCGGCGGCGGCGGGAGCUGGCCCCGCAGGAUUUACAGAUGGAUCCAGCGGAAAAGACAACAAACAGAAGUGAACAAAAAUCCAGAAAGUUCCUGAAAAGCCUCAUCCGGAAGCAGCCGCAGGAGCUGCUGCUGGUCAUCGGGACAGGCGUCAGCGCCGCCGUGGCCCCCGGGAUCCCCGCCCUGUGCUCCUGGAGGAGCUGCAUCGAGGCGGUCAUCGAGGCGGCGGAGCAGCUGGAGGUGCUGCACCCCGGGGACGUGGCGGAGUUCCGCCGCAAGGUGACAAAGGACCGGGACCUGCUGGUGGUGGCGCACGACCUGAUCCGGAAGAUGUCGCCUCGUACAGGUGACACCAAGCCCAACUUCUUCCAGGACUGCCUGAUGGAGAUUUUCGACAACCUGGAGCAGCACAUCCAGAACCCGCUGGUGCUGCAGUCCAUCCUCAGCCUGAUGGAGCGGGGCACCAAGGUGCUGACCACCAACUAUGACAACCUGCUGGAGAUCUUCGGGCAGCAGCAGAGCAAGCCCAUGGAGUCUCUGGACCUGAAGGACAAGACCAAGGUCCUGCAGUGGGCCCGGGGGCACAUCAAGUAUGGCGUGCUCCACAUCCACGGCCUGUACACGGACCCCUGCGGCAUGGUCCUGGAUCCGUCGGGCUACAAGGACGUCACGCAAGACCCAGAAGUAAUGGAGGUCCUCCAGAACUUGUACCGCACCAAGUCCUUCCUGUUCGUGGGCUGCGGAGAGACGCUCCGGGACCAGAUCUUCCAGGCCCUGUUCCUGUACUCGGUGCCCAACAAGGUGGAGCUGGAGCACUACAUGGUCGUGCUCAAGGAGGAUGAAGACCACUUCUUCAAGCACCAGGCAGACAUGCUCUUGCAUGGGAUUAAAGUCGUGUCCUACGGGGACUGUUUUGACAACUUUCCUGGCUACGUGCAGGACCUCGCCACGCAGAUCUGUAGGCAGCGCAGCCCAGAUGCUGACCGAGUGGACAGCACCACACUGUUGGGGAACGCGUGUCAGGACUGUGCCAAGAGGAAGCUGGAGGAAAACGGAACAGAAGUCUCCAAGCGGCCUCGGCAGUCGGACACAGAUGAUGCUGGAGGGUCUUGAAAUCUUUAAAACCAAUAAAGCCUGCAACUUGAAAACCAGCCUUGUAACCGCAGUGCCGUAACCCAAACGAUGAGGAAUGUUCGGAGAACUCCGCGGGGGCUCUCUUCCCUGAACCCACCCCUCCCCCGACGAGCCGUGUGGCCGCGCGGCCUCAGAGGCUGGUGCGAUCCCACCGUGGGCUUUGGCCGCUCGGGAGGUGAGGCGCCGCGGCGGGGCCCGCUGUGCGGCCGGCGGCUGGCUACCUCAGGGACCGCGCGGCGGGCAGCCAGCCCGGGCCUCCGGGCUCCCGCUCCGCACGCCCCCAUCGUCAAGGUGGUUUUUCUAAUAAAAGGGGAGGGUGAGGACUGUCCAAGCAACAGGAGUCGCCAAAGAGGAAAAA